GCCUACAUCAGGAUCAAGCCCAUAACGAUAAUGCUCUACAAACCUAUCUUUUUGGUCACGCCUCUAUAUAACGUAUCUAUCACCACACCUCCUCUUACAAGCAUAGCAUUUAGUUUUAUUAGCCGAAGGAAAAAGAAGAAAAAAAACGAAAAUGAUGGGAGUUGGCACAAAUGGGUACACUGCACCAGCCACCAGGAAGAGUAGUGGUGGUGGUGCAGGCUACGAUGUUCCUGAAGGGGUCGAAAUCCGGGGACGGUUCGAUGAAGAAUUUGCCAAGAUUCUGACCAAGGAGGCUUUGGAAUUUGUGGUGGAGUUGCAGAGGGAGUUUAGGAACCGGAUUAAGUAUGCAUUGGAGUGUAGGAAGGAAGCUAAGAGGAGGUACAAUGAGGGGGUUGUGCCUGGGUUUGAUCCAGCUACCAAGUUCAUUAGGGAAACAAAUUGGGUUUGUGCACCUGUCCCACCAGCUGUGGCUGAUCGGAGGGUGGAGAUUACAGGACCUGUGGAGAGGAAGAUGAUUAUCAACGCUCUCAAUUCUGGAGCCAAAGUUUUCAUGGCUGACUUUGAAGAUGCACUGUCACCAACUUGGGAGAAUCUAAUGAGAGGCCAAGUGAAUCUGAAGGAUGCUGUUGAUGGGAGCAUAACCUUUCAUGACAAGGCCAGAAACAGAGUUUACAAGCUGAAUGACAAAAACACAGCCAAGCUUUUUGUGCGUCCAAGAGGAUGGCACUUGCCCGAGGCUCACAUUUUAAUUGAUGGUGAACCUGCAACUGGUUGCCUUGUGGACUUUGGCCUUUAUUUCUUCCACAACUAUGCAGCCUUCCGCCAAACCCAAGGUGCAGGGUUUGGCCCUUUCUUCUAUCUCCCUAAAAUGGAGAAUUCAAGGGAAGCUAAAAUAUGGAACUGUGUGUUUGAGAGGGCAGAGAAGAAGGCAGGGAUAGAGAGAGGAAGCAUUAGGGCAACUGUUCUGAUUGAAACACUUCCAGCAGUGUUUCAAAUGGAUGAAAUCCUGCAUGAGCUAAGGGAUCACUCUGUUGGGUUGAACUGUGGAAGAUGGGAUUACAUUUUCAGCUAUGUUAAAACCUUCCAGGGUCACCCUGACCGACUAUUACCGGACCGGUUUCUGGUGGGCAUGACUCAGCAUUUCAUGAGGAGUUACUCUGAUCUCCUCAUCAGGACAUGCCAUAGGCGCUGCGUGCACGCCAUGGGGGGGAUGGCAGCUCAGAUUCCAAUCAGAGAUGACCCUGCUGCAAAUGAAGCAGCACUGGAUUUAGUGAGAAAGGACAAGUUAAGAGAGGUAAAAGCAGGACAUGAUGGGACUUGGGCAGCUCAUCCAGGGCUAAUCCCAGCCUGCAUGGAAGUCUUCACCAACAACAUGGGCAGCAACACCCCUAACCAAAUCCAAUCCAUGAGGAGAGAAGAUGCAUCAAGCAUCACUGAAGAAGACCUCUUGGAGAGGCCCCGAGGCGUUCGAACGCUGGAAGGCCUCCGCCUGAACACCCGAGUCGGGAUCCAGUACUUGGCAGCAUGGCUGACUGGGACAGGCUCAGUGCCUCUCUACAACCUCAUGGAAGAUGCUGCAACAGCUGAGAUAAGCAGGGUGCAGAACUGGCAGUGGAUCAAGUAUGGAGUGGAGCUGGAUGGAGAUGGGCUUGGAGUGAGAGUUGGGAAGGAGCUGUUUGGGAGAGUGGUGGAGGAAGAAAUGCAGAGGAUUGAGAGAGAGGUUGGGAAAGAAAAGUUCAAGAAGGGAAUGUACAAGGAAGCUUGCAAGCUCUUCACCAGGCAAUGCACUGCUCAAACACUUGAUGAUUUUCUCACCCUAGAUGCUUAUAAUCACAUUGUCAUGCAUCAUCCAAGGGGAUCAUCCAGGCUCUAAAUUCAGAUUAUCUUAAUUAAUCACCUGGUUUCUCAAUGUUUAGUUUAAGGAUCAGUUCCUCUAGCAGUCUUUGCCAAAUCAAUAAUAAUGUACUCUCUCUCUCUCU